GUCAUAGAACGCUACCCAGAGUUUUACACCAACUGCUCUGCUGUGUUUGAGGAGCCUGGGAGUGAGGUUGAUCUCUAUGUGUAUGUGGUGGGGUCUCUUGGUCUGGUGGCUCUGGCAGUGACGGUGCUUCUGACUGCACUGGCCAUCAGCCACUUCUGCCGCAGAUACCGCCUCAGGAAACAAAUGAGGAGAGCCUUGCUGACCUGCAAUCCAAUGUUCACGAGAUGUGACCCCAGCAACAAACACUGUGGAUCCGCGCUAUGGGAAGCACCCAAAGCGGAUGACUGGGAGCUGCCCAGUCCCAGUAUCCUCCUCACUGAUGAGCAACCUCUCGGAGAAGGCUGCUUCGGCACUGUCCACAGAGGUGUCGUCAAAGGCCCCAUCCUCCAUAGUCGAACGAUGAAAAAC